CAAAAAGGAUAAAGAUUGCACUAUUAAUUCGGUAGAUAUCAAAUAUUUGAAGCCAUGUCUUGCAUCACAACCAUUUUGUCGUAAAGCUGUGUAUAUAUGUAAGUUAAUAAUACACAUCUCUUUUACUUCGUAUUAGUUACAAUGAAAAGCAUAAUUCUACCAAUGACCAAUUGUCGAUAAUUGAUUUAAUCUCAUGAAAAAAGAUUAUAAUCUGAUCGCUUAGUCUUAUCUUAACCUUUGAUGAUUUUAUUUUUCGCACAUAUGCUCCUACAAUACUUAAAGGAUUAAAGUUAAAGAAUAAAACCUCUAGUUUGAUAGUUGGAAGUUUUUUCAAAGAUGCGAGAUGCAAUACUUUUUUCUUAAAAGUGGUAAAAAUUCAAACUUGUAAAAGAAUUAAUUUUGUUGGCUAGAGCCAUCAUAAUUGAUUGGAAUUUUCUUUAUCCCUUAAAAUUCGCUGCAUAAUUUUUUUUUUGCCAUUUUAUUGAACUUUGAACUAAUUAGGAUUAAAUGAUGAAAUGUUAGGAUUUUUUUAGAUUUUUCUUGUUUAAGCUUAAUAUUCAAUAUUCAAUGAAAUAGCGAAGAAAAGAGAUCGUUGUAAAAGAAAGACUUCAAUUUUUGAAAUGAUAGUGAGUCUAAUCACACUAAAAAUUUAUUAUCGUUUUUAUAUACAUUUGAGUUUUUACAAAAAAAAGUUUAUUCUCCCACUACACGAUAUAAAAAAAAGAUGAACUUCUGACAAUCAAACUACAGGCUAAAAUGAAUGAGUCAUUAUAUGAUCUUCCUUUACAAAGUUUCCUAAAUUAGAAUUCUAAAUUUUUUAUGAAAAAUUCCUAAAUUAUUAGCAAUUUUUCAUUGUCAAUGGUACAAUUAUGCUCUUCAUUAUGUAUUCUUAUUUAUAAAUUUAAUCAUAUUAAGUUAAUUAUUUGUAUUGCAUAAUUACUUUUUUAUUUUACUAUAUAUUUACGAAUAACUGUAUAAGAAUUUGAAGUUGAAAAAAUGCACACAAUGGGUAGAAUAUGAGAAACUAUACAAUAUCUAAAGUGGAAUUUUUAUUAUUUAUUUAAUAGAUGAAUAGAUGAAACAAUUUAUUUAAUAGAUGAAACAAAUUUCUAUGUAGAUUUUAUUUCUCUAAAAUAUCCAAUCUCUAACAUAUCUCUAAAAUAUCCAAAGUAAAAAAUUUAUUAGAAUAUUUGACAGAUGAAACACGUCUUUAUGUGAAUUUCAUUUUUUCAAUUGCGUUCACAAAAGUAGAGAAAUGCAUAAAAUCUGCAAAAAUCCUUAGUCUCUUCAUGAAGUUAAUCAUAAUAUAAAUGUUCACAUUGUAUCAAAUAAUUACUUUUUUAUUUCCUGAGACAUUUCUGUAAUAUAUGUAAAAUAAAUUGUUAUGCAAUUACGCAAUUUUUAGAUUAUUUCAUGAAUUCUCGAGAUUAUAUAAUAAUACGCGAAUGUGCAAAAUUUGGAAACGCCGACAAGGAAUGUUAUAGAGGUCGUUAUCCACGUGACAGUUACCAACUUGUAUGCGAAUGCAAGAAUACAGGAUGCAAUCGAUCUACUACAUUUUCAUUGGAGACAUUCACCAUUCUGUAUAUUUUGUGUCAGUUCAUUGUUUUCCUUGUAAGAAAUCCUACU